CCGACAUGGCAGAGCCAGCGAGCUGCGCUCUUAUGCGUGUUUAACUAAAUGUUGCCAGCUUUGGCAGGGUAAUUGCAAUCAACAUAUCCGACCGUUAGCAAGCGCGUGGGACCACGGAGGAGUAAAGAAAUACAGCUGAAGAUCAGACAACUUAUACUAUGCUGUUCGUCUGUCUGUUUUAUGUUGAAUUAUUUUCAUUUAUAUAAAACACGCGACAGAAGGCUGUUAAGUGAGAUGGGCGCGCUACCAGAGCCGCAGCGCGAGCGCAUCUGAAGCGCCAGUGUGUAACCGAGCUCGAGGCAGCGCGAGCGGCAUGGCAGCGUCCAGUAACUCCAGUCUGUCCAGUUCGUCCGUCUCCUCCGAUGCUGAGGAAUACCAGCCACCCGUAUGGAAGUCCUACCUGUACCAGCUGCAGCAGGAGACGCCACGACCCAAGAGGAUCCUCUGCACAAAAGAGAUCCCCAGCAGACCCAAGUACUACGGCAGAGAGUUCCACGGGAUGAUCUCUCGGGAGAGCGCUGAGCGGCUGCUGCAGGGGGCAGAGGGAGCGUACCUCAUCAGAGAGAGCCAGAGACAGCCAGGAACACACACACUGGCAAUGAGGUUUGGAAGUCAGACUCUGAACUACAGACUGUUCUAUGACGGGAGGCACUUUGUUGGCGAGAAGCGCUUUGAGUCCAUCCAUGACCUGGUGACGGACGGGCUGAUUACGCUCUUCAUCGAGAGCAAGGCAGCGGAGUACAUCUCCAGGAUGACCAGCAGCCCCAUCUAUUCUGCCCUGCUGCACCCCCCCCGCCCCCUCCCACACCCACUGCCCGGCAGGGUCACCUUCCACCAGGGCGACCAGGUCUCCUCUUCUUCCUCCCCACUGAAGCUUUCUGCUCUGAAAGGGCAGGAGAGACAGUGGAGCUACGACAAGCCUCACAGAUUCAAGACGCACACCUUCAGAGGCCCGCACUGGUGUGAGUACUGCGCCAACUUCAUGUGGGGUCUGAUCGCUCAGGGCCUCCGCUGCUCAGACUGCGGUUUGAACGUGCAUAGGCAGUGCUCCCAGCUGGUGCCCCGUGACUGCCGGCCUGACCUGAGCAGGAUAAAGAGGGUCUUCAGCUGUGACCUCACCACACUGGUCAAAGCCCACAACACACAGCGGCCACUGGUGGUGGACAUGUGUAUCCGCGAGAUUGAACGCAGAGGUUUGCAGUCAGAGGGGCUGUACAGAGUGUCUGGCUUCACUGAGCACAUUGAGGAUGUGAAACUGGCCUUCGACAGAGAUGGAGAGACAGCAGAUCUCAGUGAGGAGGUGUACCCAGACAUCAACAUCAUUGCUGGAGCUCUGAAACUGUACCUGAGAGACCUGCCCAUUCCGGUCAUCACCUACGAGCUGUACCCCUCCUUCAUCCAGGCCACAAAGAUGGUCAGCUCUGAAGCCAGGCUGGAGACGAUCCAUGAAGCCCUGCUGCUGCUGCCAGCUGCUCACUACGAGACCCUGCGCUUCCUGAUGGCCCACCUGAGGAGGGUGACGGCGUUUCAGAAGGAGAACCUGAUGAGCGCAGAGAACCUGGCCGUGGUGUUUGGACCCACGCUGCUGCGGCCGCCGGAUCAGAGCACGCUGGCCUCCCUCAGCGACAUGCGGCAGCAGAGGCUGCUGGUGCAGCUGCUGAUCGAGAAUGAGGACAUCCUGUUCUAACUGACAGCGUCACAUGACUCAUGACAGAGGCCGGUUCUGUGUCUGUCUGACAGGCGUGACCCUGGACGACUGAACGCCACAAGGGGCAGCGUUUCCCCUUCGGCAGGAAACUUCGGUCCGUCAAGCAAGAAUCGCCGCAGAUAAUGGAAAUGGCUUCUGUCAGGUGAAUAUGUUUUGCCACUUUUCCAGCUGGCACUCUGUGUGAUUCAGGUACUUUAUACAUUUAUACAUUGAGUUCUUGAUCCGGAAAAAUUGCCAACAUUUCAUUUUUCAUACAUUAAUAUUUUGAUGAAAAGAUGUAUCCCACAACUACAAAUGUCCAGCAUUUUAAGGGUAGGAGUGGUUUGCAUUAAAAUCCGAAAGAGAGAGAUAAACUCCAUAAAGCAAAGUUAUUUGGUGUGUGGCCACGUGUAGCUGCAUAGUCCCACGCAUUACAGUAAAGAGAAAACCACAUCAAUUUUAGAGGAUCUUUUUCAUCGGCAGUAUUUUCCUGUUUUUUGUUAUAGUUAUUUCUACG